CGAAAGGGGGGCGUGUAGGCAACCGGGAUCAGCCUGGGGCCAGCAUGAGCCGGAGGGAGGGAAGUCUGGAAGAUCCACAGGCUGACUCCUCCAUCUCACCCCUUCCCCACUUGGAGGCCAAGAUCCGUCAGACACACAGCCUUGCCCGCCUCCUCACCAAAUAUGCUGAGCAGCUGCUCCAGGAAUAUGUGCAGCACCAGGGAGACCCCUUCGGGCUGCCCGGCUUCUCGCCCCCGCGGCUGCCGGUGGCCGGCCUGAGCGCCCCGGCUCCCGGCCACGCGGGCCUGCCCGCCCCCGAGCGGCUGCGGCUGGACGCCGCGGCGCUCACCGCGCUGCCGCCGCUGCUCGACGUGGUGCGGCGCCACCAGGCCGAGCUGAACCCGCGCGCCCCGCGCCUGCUGCUGCGCCUGGAGGAGGCGGCGCGCCAGGCCCGGGCCCUGGGCGCCGCGGUGGAGGCCGUGCUGGCGGCGCUGGGUGCCGACGAGACCCGCGGGCCCCGGCCCGAGCCCGCCGUCGUCGCCACCCACGCCGCCGCUGCCGCCGCCGACGCGGGCGUCUUCCCUGCCAAGGUGCUGGGGCUCCGCGUGUGCGGCCUCUACCGCGAGUGGGUGAGCCGAACCGAGGGCGACCUGGGCCAGCUGGUGCCCGGGGGCCCGGCCUGAGCGCGGGGCACGGGGCUGCAGCCCGCUGUCCGCCGCUCGUCGUGCGCCUCCGUCUGUCUGUGGGUUCCUGGGGAGCCCCGACGGUCUCCAUCUCUCUCUCUCUUUGCUUUAUGUGCCCUCGGGUCUCUCUCUUGGGCCUCCUGUGUGCCUGCCUCUUCCCGUGGCCGUCACUUUCUUGCUUUCCCGUCUUCUCCAUGGCUUGGGCCUGCCUCCGGCUCCCCUGGAUCUCCCCCGUCGCCCAUCUCUGGGGGACCUCUUUGUCUCCCCCUUUCUCCAUCUCUUGGCUCUCCUUGGCCCCAUGUGAGCAUGGGCCUCGCUCUGGCCUUUCCUGGCCGAGUGGCAGGGCUACUAAAGACAAAUUUCCGCCACCUUCCCGCAGCGUCACCCGCCCUGCGGGGCUCCCUGCCCCAUCCGGGCCCUUCGGACGCGCCCUGCUUCCUUCUCCCUCGGACCUCCUUCUCCUCCUUCUCCUCUUCUGCUGUGUCCGUGCACCUCCCCUCCCCCCAAGCCAGGUCUAUGGAGAGAAAAGAUCAACAGCUUCAAAGAGUUUUAUUUCUGAGAAUAAAUUAAUUUUUUGUAAAUAAAAUGUUUAAAAAUAAAAAGAACACCAACGUUA